AUGCUCACCUUCACAUUACCACCACUCUUAUAUUUGUUCCUCCUCUUCUCCGCCGCCGCCACCACCGCCGCCCAACCAUACGAACCCACUGACUACUUCCUCCUCGUCUGCGGUUCAUCCACCGCCACCACUUCUAACCGGACAUGGGAUGGUGAUGAACAUUCUGAAUUCGUAACCUCAGACAUCAACACCACCUCCUUUUCAUCCAAACCUUCCUUCCAAGAUCCUUCAAUCCCACGAACCCCAUACUCCACCGCCAGAAUCUUUAACACUACUUCCUUCACCUAUGAAUUUCCGGUCUCAGAAGGUCCCAAAUUCCUCCGCCUCUAUUUCUAUCCCGCCACCUAUUCCGACCUCAAUGCAAACCAAUCUUUCUUCUCAGUAUCAUCCAAUGGCUACUCUCUCUUAACCAACUUCAGCGCUUUCCUAACCGCUUCCUACGUCGAAAUGACCCUCUCCAAUGGAGGACUCGGUGGUCGCCAGAAUCCCCACCUUGUCAAAGAAUUCAUCAUCUAUGUAAAAGAUACCCGAAUCCUAAACGUUACCUUUACACCCUCACCCAACUCGUAUGCUUUCAUUAAUGGCAUUGAAAUAGUUUCAUUACCGGAAAGUUUGUACUUUAACUCUGAGGACUUGAAGCACGUCGGUCAAGUUACAGGAUCCGUGAUUGAUGACGACACGGCUCUCGAGAAAAUUUACCGGCUAAACGUCGGUGGGAGACAAAUAUAUGUAAAUAGUGAUACGGGUAUGUAUCGAUCAUGGGAUCAAGAUGAUGAUUACAUAUACGGUGGAAUGUUUGGGUUAACGCCUAUUAAUAAGACUCCGAUCGCGUAUACCAUGGAGACACCAAAUUAUACUGCACCGGAGCUAGUUUAUGCUACACAAAGGAGUAUGGGCAAUAUGUCUGAUAACUACAAUCUGACUUGGAUACUUCCUGUUGAUUCUGGGUUUUAUUACAAGCUCAGGCUUCAUUUUUGCAACAUUAUACCACAAUACACAAAAAGAGGUCAAGUGGUAUUUAGGAUUUUCAUUAAUAAUCAAACUGCUGAGGACGAGGCUGAUCUAUUCCAUUGGACUCAAGGUAGCGGGUAUGCGGUAUUCAAGGAUUACGUUGUGUUUGUUAACGAUCCAGAUGGCCGCCAAAGCAAGCAAGAUUUGUGGAUUGCGAUGCAUCCUAACAGCCGAGCAUCUGAACGACAUGGGGACGGUUAUUUGAAUGGUCUGGAAGUUUUCAAGUUGAGCAUUGCUGGUAAUCUUUCAAGCCCAAACCCGGAAAUUGGCCCUACAACCUCUAUGCCAAUCCCGGUGUCUCCCAUAAUACGGAACCGGAACGCUCCGACAUAUGCCGCCAUAGGUGGAGGCGCUGGAGGAGGGUUAGUCUUGUUUCUUAUUCUAGUUCUUAUAGUUUUAUGGUGGCGAAGGCGGGUUAAACGCUUUGGCACCGCUAAAGAUACAAAGCCACCACUGCCACCACUGCCAUCAGAUCGCUGCCGGCGUUUUUCACUUACAGAAGUGAAAGCAGCUACUGGGGACUUUUAUCAUGAUCGAGUUAUAGGCAAGGGAGGGUUUGGUCAGGUGUACAAAGGCUACAUCGACAACGGUACAACCACUGUUGCAAUCAAAAGGCUCAACUCAUCAUCCAAGCAAGGUUUUCACGAAUUCCAGACAGAAAUAAGGAUGCUAUCUAAAACACGCCAUGGCCAUCUAGUCUCCCUGAUUGGAUACUGUGACGAGGAUGGAGAGAUGAUACUGAUGUAUGACUACAUGACUCACGGUACUCUAAGGGAACAUCUAUAUAACACGAACAACCCUCAUUUGUCAUGGAAAAAACGUCUGCAUAUUUGCCUUGGUGCAGCCAAAGGGUUACAUUAUCUCCACACGGGUGCAAACCGUGCAAUAAUUCAUCGGGAUAUCAAGUCCACAAAUAUCCUACUCGACGAAAAUUGGGUCGCUAAGGUGUCUGAUUUCGGUUUGUCAAAGCUAGGCCCCAGAGACCAAGCACAAAACUACGUUCCCACGAUGGUGAAGGGUACUAUCGGGUAUUUGGAUCCUGAAUAUUACCGAACAGAACAACUCACGGACAAAUCUGACGUGUACUCCUUCGGGGUCGUGUUGCUUGAAGUGUUGUGUGCAAGACCUGUUAUCAGUCGGAAGCUGCCUGACGAACAAGUGAAUUUGGCAGAAUGGGGAAAGUCUAGUUAUCGAACGGGGACCUUGCAUAAAAUUAUUGAUCCAAAAGUAAGUGGUGAGAUUGCACCCAAGUGCUUAAGGAAAUUCGGAGGGGUAGCACAUAGUUGCCUGCAAGAUAAAGGAAGCGAACGUCCAGUUAUGGAGGAUGUAGUUGGGGGACUAGAGUUUGCAUUGCAGCUACAAGAAGCAGCUGAGAAAACAGACAGCUCGCUUGGUGAGGCCAUGUUAGAGAAUCAAGAAUUUCCGUUUCUCAUGAUAGGAGAGCCAACCACAGGUGACGAAUCUAUGCUAAUGGGAUCAACUGGAGUGGCAUUAAGACAUGGCACAUCGUGAUUGAUAGCAUCAAGGAAUCAGAAACAGUUUUCACCGAGAUGGUGGAGCCAACAGGAAGCUGAGUCGGAUGUAUAUAGCCACGAUGUGCAAUCUCUGAUAAGAGAUAUGUGGGGAAGGCCAUGGGUGGUAAGGUAUUUUCUUCUAAGAUUACUAGUUGUAAGUCAAGUGUGUAUCCUAUGGAUUUUAAUUUUGAUAAGUUAUCUAAUUUUUCAUUUACGAAUUGAGGUCGAAUAGGA